AUGCGCGCCGUCGACGCGCCCGCGCGCGCCUUCACGUCACCCACGCGCGCGUGCGCGCGACGCCGCGACCGCGCGCGCGGGCGCGUCGCGCCGAAACGCUCGCUCAAAGUCACCGCUGUCGACGUCGACGCUCGAGCGACGAUCGCAACCAUGUACGAUCGUAUCAACGCCCGUGACGUCGCCGGCGCGCUCGAGUGCGUCGCCGAGGACGUCGUGUACGAGGAUUUUAACUUUCCCGAGCCGUUCGUCGGUAAGGCGGCCGUGAGGGCGCUGUUCGAGGAAUCGUGCUCGGGGAUACCGGAUGACUUGGCGUUCGUCGUCGACGAGUGGACGAGCGGGAGCGGUGCGAGCGUCGGGUGCACGUGGCACGUAGAGAUUAUGGGUGAAGCGUUCCCGAACGCGCGAGGGUGCUCGCUGUACCGGGUGAACGGUGAUGGGAAGCUGACGUACGCGCGGGACGUGGUGGAGUCGCCGGCGAAGCUGGGCGAGGCGUCGUUUUCAAUCAUACGCGCGGUGGCGCCGCUGGUGAAGAAGCGGAUCGCGGCGAAGAAGGGCGUGAAGUUGGAGGAACCGGCUGCGAGCGGUGGCGGCGGCGGUGGCGAGGGUAACGUCGCGGCGAGCGUCGCGUUCGCCCUCGGCGCGGCGGCGUAUUGGUACGUGUUGCUCCUGUCCCCGAGCGAUAAUCCCAUUCCGGGGGAUCCUGCGUACGCCAUCAAGCCAGAGACGCUGCAGGAAGUCAUCGCCUCGAGCACGGACUUUUUCUACGUCCUGCCGUUGCUGAAUAAGUUCGGGAUCGAUCUUUUGGGGGGCGCCCCGUACGUCAAUCCGGUGUCGCUCGGUUUGUUCAACUUCGCCGAGGCGUUCAUCUUCAUGCUCUAUCCGCUGUAUUGCAUGGAUAAGCGCGGACGGGAUCUUCCGGCUCUUAAAUUGUGGUCCAUUGGAAUGUUCCUCACGAAUGCCGUUUUGCUGCCGUACAUGUCCAUUCGAGCGAAGACGCCGGUGAGCGCGAAUUGGGCGCCAGACGAGACGGCAAGCGGUUGGGGCGAGACGGAGACGCAAGGCGGCCGAAAAGGAUUGAUGAGUAAGGUCUUCGGCGGUACCGGUCUCGGCGUUGGGUUCCUGUCGAUUUACUGGCUCUUGCUCGAAGAUAGCACCGCGGGUGGCUUGGCGGAGCGACUGGCCUACUUUGACGAGCUCAUGAAAUCGAGUCGCCUUAGCAUCGCGUUCAUGGUGGAUAUCGCGCUCGCGGCGGCUUGGCAGGCUUAUUUCAUGAAAUCGAUCUCGCAGUCUUCCGGGAAAGACUGCGGAAGUUUGGCGUACAUUCCAUACUGGGGACUUUGCGUGUGGCUCUUGCAAGAUGACUAA